GGCUGUUGCACUCUCGCUCUUCUACAGUGCCUUCAAGCCUGCCGAACCUUCAUUUGGUUGACGAUCGUUGUCUUUGUGUUCUUUUCAUUCACUCUUUACCCUGAGAUGAAGCUCAGUAAUUUCUCUGGCGUGGCAUGGCUCAUGCUGGCGCACGGCAACCUUGCAGUCGCCUCUGUCUCCUUUGACACAUGCUCUCCUCUGGAGGCCACCACUUGCACAUGCCCGCCCAUCAAGAAGUGCGCUCCUCGGCAGUACGACUACCCAGAGGACCACUUCCCCCGAGACGGCGACACUUGCACCGACACGUCGCCGGCCUGCUGCGUCAAGCGCGGCGACGGCCCCCUGAAGGUCACUGACGCGACCAGCACGGACAAUCUCCAGUGCGGCUCCAACUGGGACGAUUCAGGUGUCGUCAAUGGUAUUACCUACACCGUCGAAGACUGCCCGAACAGCGACGAACAGUGUCUCCACGUCGUUGUCACGCCCAAGACGGGCAUCACCGAAGGCGUCCACCUCUACCUUGACGACGAACCCAUCACGGAGGUCAGCGGACCCGGCCAGUGGAACAUGAACGACUGGUGCACCAAGGCUGGAUGCUGGGUGCCCGUCAGCGAGAUCAUCGACCAGUUCGACAGCCCGAAGCCGGCUUCGCUCUGCGGCAAGAAGAUCUACAUCGCGCCGCACGUCAGCACCGCGGGUACUGGCUCGUGUACGGCUCAGGGCGAGAAUAUUCAUGAACAGGGCAACUGGUUCAUGUAUUCCCACUUGACUUUUGAGUGCGAGGCCGACAUUUGCCAGAAGAAGUGCUGUUGCCCGAGUCUCGUCAAGUGA